GUCGGUCUGCCCGGCGCCGCAGCCACCGAACGAACACCCGCCGCCGACGCACAACAUGAGCCGCGACAAGCGACCGACUUCACCCUGAUUGUCACAUUGUUUUAUCUCCACCCUGAAAUAUAAGAAUAGCGAGACGACAAUACCACGCGAUGGAUUCCAACCUUACAGGCCCCAGUUCCCCUCGGACGCAGGCGUGGACGGAUUCCUUUCAGGACUACAACCUCACCGUCAUGCAGGACGUCGAGUUGUCCAAAUUUCCUCGUGCCCUCUUGACAUUUUCGUCGGUGAUAACAAUUCUGAUCCUAAUCGUCGGCGUUUUGGGCAACUCGCUGACCAUCUGGGCGCUGCUCAGGUGUCCCAGGGUGCGAAAUGUCGCCGCCGUCUUCAUUAUCAGUUUGUGCGUGGCCGACCUGCUUUUCUGCGUGCUGGUGCUGCCGUUCAGCGCGUCCCGCUUCCUGCACGGCACCUGGGUGCACGGGAUGACCAUGUGCGUGCUGUUCCCCUUCAUGCGCUACGGGAAUAUCGGCGUGUCCCUCCUCUCCAUCGCCAUGAUCACCAUUAACAGGUACGUGAUGAUCGCGCACCAUAACAUGUACGCACGCGUCUACCGGAAGCACUGGAUCGCCUGCAUGAUCGCCUUUUGCUGGAUCUUCAGCUACGGAAUGCAGAUGCCCACCCUCCUCGGAGUCUGGGGUUCCUUUGGCUACGACAACAAGCUGGGCACGUGCAGCAUCCUGGAGGACGCGCAGGGAAGAUCGAGCAAGGCGGCCCUGUUCAUCAUCGCCUUCGUGGUGCCCUGCCUCGUCAUCAUUCUCUGCUACACUAGAAUCUUCCUCGUCGUCCACGAGUCAGAAACACGGAUGCGUCAGCACGCAAGCACGUCGCGAGCGCCGGGCGGAAACGAGAAGGAGAACAAACGGAAGCGUAACGAGUGGCGCAUCACCAAGAUGGUGCUCGCCAUCUUCCUCUCCUUCCUCGUGUGCUACCUGCCGAUCACCAUCGUCAAAAUCGCCGACAAGAACGCCAACUGGCCAGGUCUGCACGUGCUGGGCUACCUGCUGCUGUACCUGUCGGCGUGCAUCAACCCUUUGAUCUACGUGAUCAUGAACAAGCAGUACCGGCAGGCGUACAAGACGGUGCUGCGCUGCCAGCGCGGCCGCCUGCUCUCCUUCACGCAAGGCCCGGACACCAGCCAGCAGGGUGGUGAGCGCAAAAAUACCUCCUGCACCGCCCUUCAAACCUUUCCCCUCACAGAAAUGGCGCGAGCAGAACUGCAGCCGAACCCUGAUGUCGCAGGUGUCAAUAGCCCUGAGUCCGAUGGGUGGCAGUGCUAGCCAAGACCUGCCGGACGUCUUCGACAGUUCCAGCUGACUCUCUCCUUCCGACUUCCUGUUAGUAUUUAAGGUAUUUAAUAAACACGCUCUCAUUCUCACCGCCAAGUUCGUUGUGUAAAUAUUGUAAAGCAGCGGAAAAUCUUGUAAAUAAAUCUCAUUAUCAAAUAAAAUCGUAAGUUACUGAA